AGCAUGUCAAUUGUUAGAGGAGGAGGUGUGUGUAUAGAAGGAGUGGAACAUUUUAGUUUAAAAGAACAGAAUAUCUUUAACAAUUUACAAACUGAAACAUGGCAAUCUGCAAAGCACUAUGCUGGACUCUGUUGGUUGCCUUCCUGGCAAAAGGGUGUUACUCUCAGUUGAAUGUGUGUGGCCAGGCUCCACUCAACUCCAAGAUUGUAGGUGGUCAGGACGCCCCAGUGGGAGGCUGGCCCUGGCAGGCUAGUCUACAACAAUCAACCUUCCAUUUCUGUGGAGGAUCUCUCAUCAACAACCAGUAUGUUCUGACUGCUGCUCACUGUUUCUCCAGCACCAGCACAUCAAAUCUGCAGGUCAUCUUGGGAGCUAAGAGCCUGGAUCAACCCAAUCCUAACCAGGUGUCCAGCUCAGUAGCACAGAUCAUCUGCAAUCCCAACUAUGAUAAGAGUACCAGCGACAAUGAUAUGUGUCUGCUGAAGCUGUCCUCUCCUGUGACUUUUACCAACUAUAUCCAGCCUGUCUGCUUAGCAGCACCUGGCAGCACCUACAAUGCAGGCAUUGUCAGCUGGGUCACUGGUUGGGGGACUAUUAAUUCAGACGUGGACCUCCCCUCCCCUAGGAAUCUCCAGGAAGUAGAUGUGCCAAUAGUGGGGAACAGACAGUGCAACUGUAACUAUGGAGUCGGCUCUAUCACAGACAACAUGUUGUGUGCUGGUUUAAAAGCUGGAGGAAAGGACUCCUGUCAGGGUGACUCAGGGGGUCCCAUGGUCAGCAAACAGGGUGGUCGCUGGAUCCAGUCUGGUGUGGUGAGUUUUGGCAAAGGCUGUGCUCUGGCCAAUUUCCCAGGAGUCUAUGCCAGAGUAUCCAAGUACCAGACGUGGAUCAACAGCAUAAUCACCAGCAGCCAGCCAGGAUUUGUUACUUUCAACUCUGGUGGAACUAACUCUGACCUAAGUAUCACCUGCACUGGCUUACCACCUGUCCCGACCACUGUAUCUCCUACAACUAAACCUGGGGUUUGCGGCAGUGCCUCUUUGAAUUCCCGUAUUGGUGGAGGUUCUGUGGCAUCAGCUGGCACAUGGCCAUGGAUGGCCAGCAUACACCUAAAUGGAACACAUGUCUGUGGAGGAACACUAGUGGCAGAAAACUUUGUCAUGAGUGAUGCUGGCUGUUUCUCCAGCCAGCCAAAGGCCUCUGGUUGGAUGGUCGUCUUGGGAAGUCUGAAACAAAAUGGAACCAAUCCAUUCGAGGUGACCCUGAGCGUAACCAACAUCACUAUGAGUAACUUGACGGGAAACAAUAUAGCACUUCUUCAACUAGGAACCAAACCCACACUCUCGAACUACAUCCAGCCUAUUUGCCUGGACACCAGCAACACAAACGUUACCUUAGGCUCUACAUGCUGGGUGGCUGGCUGGGGUGCAGGGCAAGGAGUGAGCCUGCAAGAGUUGCAAACCUCUGUGGUGGAUUGCGGUAAUGCAUAAACAGCUGACAGCAUUUGCACUGGAGCUGUGACUUUGCAAAAGGGUGAUGAAGGGGGUCCCCUAAUGUGUAAGCAGAAUAAUGCAUGGUUUCAGGCUGCUGUGUUGACUCUGACAAGCAUUUCUAACAGCAGUACUAACAGCAGCAGCAAUAGCAACAAAACACUAUCAGACUUGGCACAGCGAUCUUCCCCCAUGGUCUUCUCCAAAGUAUCCCGCUAUGGGACCUUCAUUAUAGCCACUGUAGGAGGUUUGCUGUCCCCUGCCUCAACCAGCAGCCCUGUUGCUGCCACCACCGUCAAUGGAGCUUUCCCAGCUCAGACCUCCUUCUCUUCUCUCCUUCUCUUGUCCCUCAAUGGUGUCUUAUUUUUCUUCAAAUAAGGUUUAAUGAACCAGAACACUUCCACAAAAGUUUAGAAUGUCCUUUCCAUAACAUGUGUCUAGGAAGUUUGUUUUCAGUCCUGAAUGUUUACAACCUAUUUUGCCCUAAAUCAUUCAAGGACAUUUUGUUACUGACACAGAAUUUUUUUUUUUCACAAAGUAGGACAAAUAUGUACUUACAAGAAAAAAAUGAUAUUCAAGCAAUGCAGUUAAAUUGGAAUAACCUUUGUCAGAUUCCGUUUGUUUUCACAGUACAUAGUAAAAGAUUAUGUAUUCUUUCAAAUUUCGAAAAUGUAUUUCACAGAUUUGAAGGACUAGCAGCACUAAAACCAACCUGUGUCAUAGUUGUCAGCACUGCAUUCACCAUGUUGACCUUUUGAGGGUUUACCUCAUCUGCAGACACAACUAAAGUGUACUGAAUCUCUCUCAAAUAUUAUGGUAUACUCAAGCUAUUUCUGGUAAUUUAUAGUCAAGAUGUUUUACUUUUUUGCGUUGAGGCUCUGGAUACCAAUUUGUACCAUUUAGCUGCAUGCAGUCAUA